ACUCACCUGCGCCACUGUUAUUAUAGUAUAUAUAGCCGUGUGACUGGAUAGCACUGAACACCUUUAGCCGUACACAGACACAGGAGUGUGAUUGUUUACCACGCUGGACAUAUAAAACUGAGUACUUGUGGCACGACGGGAAGAAAUUCCGACCGGACACUGUUAGUCGGAUAUACAUUUGAGACCUCACCUUUUGGGGAGAACGGGACCAACGAAACGAGAAGCUUUGUACCGUGUAGCAUUGUGAUAGACUUCCACUGAGAUUUAAACAGUCGAGCAGUUUAGAAAGGAAUGAGUGGAGAUAGACAUCCACUUAUGUACAACAAAGGCGGACAAGAUGACGGCUUGUACGGUGCCACAUCCGAGAGAGAUACUCUGGACACAAUGUCAACGGAGAGUGUGGAAUUAAAAGGCGUUAAGCACAGUGAGGACUAUGAAAACCCCGCUUUCGCUCACUCCCAGGAAAGUAUUGCCAAGUCCGAUGUGGAAGCCGGGAAUGGUCACACGAUCAAAAAUCACGCAUAUGAAGAUGUGACACCUGAAAAAGUUGGACCAAAUGUCGUCGACGCCGGAAUGGUAUCCACCCCUAUAGCUGGAGACGGAGACACGCCCCAGACAGACGGGGACAACGAAUUCGAGGACCUGGAGGAGGAACCGCCCAACGGGUUUUACCGCGGAAUAGCGGCCAUACAGGAGUCAUUUCAAGCUGCUUACAGACAGAGUGGUCAUAUAUUUUGGUGGGUGAUCUAUGCCCUAUUCCUGCUAGGCUACUUGGUCUACUUCAGCUACGCCAUGUACUACCGUUUUGGUGACGAGGGGUCGGUGCGCCUUCUUGUUAUCACCAUAAUAACUGUGGUGCUGGUGGCGCUAACGAUCGUCAUGUCUGUCCUCGGUAAUAACGUGGACCAAGUGGGGGAAGCGCUGGCUAAAUUCGGAGAAACCAGAGCGUGGAAUGUGAUUAAGAUCGUGUUGUGUGUGCUGUUACUGGUGGCCCUGGUGGUGUACAUAGUGGUAGAGGUCGCCAUACCGAAUCCAUACAACCUGGUGUCCAUCACUGGGAUGUUAGUCUACAUUAUCCUUCUCUUCGUCUUCUCAUCCAACCCUGCAAGGGUGAAGUGGCAGCCAGUAAUCUGGGGUAUGGCACUACAGUUUAUCUUCGCUCUCCUUAUCCUAAGAACAUCCUGGGGUUAUCAGGCCUUUAAAUGGCUAGGGGACAGAGUGACAGAGUUUCUGGCUCAUUCAGACGCUGGUGCAGGAUUUGUGUUUGGUUUUGACACCUACGAGCACCAUUUCUUUGCAUUCAAGGUUCUCCCUGUGGUGGUGUUCUUCAGUACAGCCAUAUCAGUGUUAUAUUAUCUCGGAGUGAUGCAGGUGGUGAUCAGGAAGGUUGCCUGGGUGAUGCAGGUUUCCAUGGGAACGACCGCGGCUGAAUCUCUGAAUGCUGCAGGGAAUAUUUUCAUUGGCCAGACCGAGGCCCCCCUUAUGAUCCGUCCACUGCUUCCAAAUAUGACCAAGUCUGAGAUGCACGCUGUGAUGACUGGGGGGUUUGCCACGAUAGCUGGGAGUGUACUGGCGGCUUAUAUAUUAUUUGGUGUCCCAGCCAAUCACUUGCUGUCUGCCUCUGUGAUGUCGGCCCCAGCGGCCCUCGCCAUGGCCAAGUUAUUUUAUCCAGAAACUAAAAAAUCCAAAACAACUGCUGCGGCCGUCAGUGCUAUGGAGAGACCACCAGAGAGAAACAUCAUCGAGGCUGCUUCAUCCGGGGCUUCAUCGUCCAUCAAACUGGUCGCCAACAUCGCCGCCAACCUGAUCGCGUUCCUUGCUCUCCUGGAGUUCGUGAACGCCACGCUGAAGUGGUGUGGACAUCGCGUUGGGCUUGAGCCUCCAUUGUACCCAGAAUUAACAUUCCAGUUGAUUUGUUCUUACCUUUGGUGGCCAUUUGCAUUUGUCAUGGGAACCGAUGCACAAGAUUGCCGCAAGGUGGCAGAAUUGAUUGGAGUCAAGACGUUCCUCAACGAAUUUGUCGCCUAUGAUUACCUUGGCAAACUCAUCAAGAAUAAAGAAAUAUUCCAGAAUUAUACAUCGCACAAUUACACAGAACCCCCAGAGUACAUAUUCGACGACAUCUUUUUGCCGGCUACAAACCAGACGUUAGUUGGUGGCUUCCUAACACCUCGUUCUGAAGUGAUAGCAACUUACGCCCUCUGUGGAUUUGCCAACCUGGGUUCCAUUGGCAUACAGCUUGGAGGUCUGGGUGCCAUGGCUCCCAGCAGAAAGAGUGACAUGGCGAAGAUCGUGGUGCGCGCCAUGAUCGCAGGCAAUGUGGCAUGCUUCCUGACGGCCUGCAUAGCAGGUUUAUUAUAUACGGAGGAUACGAUAGUUUAAAGCCAC